AUGUAUAAGACCUGGAUACUUGAACAUGUCGGACACAUUCUAGACUCUGGCGUUACUGGUCUCGGGGAAAACAGCGGGAAGCCAAUCGAUAUCCUGAUCAUUGCGCUUUACAGGGCCCAAGUCACCGAGUUCCAAAGGGCGAUCAAGUCUCUCAUCGACCAGGGUCGCUUCCCGAAAGACACCUUGAACCACCUCAAAGUCAAGACUGUUGACGGGGAGCGGCGAAGACUUCGAAGGAACGACUCACCGCAAGCACGCUCAGUCUGUGUUUCUCAAGACGAUGAAGCCGUCAUCGUCUUUGUUGAUUAUCUGACUGUCAGUCACCCUGGCUUCACUGCCGAUUCCUUCCGUGGCACAUUGACCCUCAUUCGUGCGCGCGGCAUGACUAUCUUGCUGCUUAAUCGUGGCACCUUUGUUGGGUAUGAGCGCCGCGAGCAAUUUAUCGAGCGUUCGAACCAUCUCUUCCGAAUUCACGACUGGCAUGCAAGUCGUCAGCUUGUCCAGCGCCUCGCGGGCUGCCUCAACUGCGAAACGUUCGAUCACACUACAAGCGAGUGCAAAUAA